UGUUGAAGUUUAAAAAGACAAUAGAAACGUGGUUUUAGUCUAAAAAAAUGUAUUGGUGAUUUUCAAUCUGUGUUUGCUUUCUGUUCAUUGUGAUUUUAUUAUUACCAUAAUGCUUAAGACAAAAACAUUUGUAAAAAAGACCCGUCGAGGAAAUGUUAUGAAAAUCGUCCGAGAAAAUUAUCUGCGAGACGAUGUCUGGUGUGGAAUAACAGAUUGUCAACUUUGCCCUCAAACCGCAGCUGUAUUAAAUGCAAAAACUACGAGCAGUUCUUCAAAAUUUCAUUUUUCUCAUUUUCUGGUUCCAGACACAAACAUUGCUCUUCAUCAGAUUGACAUUUUGGAAGAUCCUGCUAUAACAAAUGUUAUUUUGGUUCAAACAGUAUUAAAUGAGAUCAAGCAUUUGAACGCAUCGGUGCAUAAGAGAAUACGAGACAUCGUAUCAACACCAGAGAAAUGUUUCUAUGUCUUCUCCAAUGAACAUUGCCGUGAUACAUUUAUUGAGCGCGAAAAGGAAGAAUCAUCUAAUGAUCGAAAUGACCGAGCAAUACGUGCAACAUGCAGAUGGUAUGACAGACAUAUCGCAAAGGGAUUUGCCAAUGAUAAGUUGAGCAAAUCAUGUAGGGUUGUUUUAUUGACAAAUGAUUUUGCGAAUCGAACAAAAGCCGAUAAGGAAAAUUUGCUAUCUUGUUCUGUACAAGAGUAUAUAAAUUCACUUGAAAAUAAUGGAGAACUUCUUGACAAGCUUGCAGUUGAUUCUACCUAUAACUCUGGUGAUCUGACUGUGGAAACAUCGAGAAGUUUUUUAUAUAUGGAGCAUUUACCACUGGCAAAAUUGCAAUUGGGUCUCAAAUGCGAAAAAUACCUACAGGGAAAGUUUUCUGCUAGCAGAGAUAACUAUUUGGAAGCAAAGGUUUCGCUUCACGACAAGAAUGAACAGAUAUUUGUACAAGGAAUAAUGAAUAUCAAUCGUGCUGUCAACGAGGAUAUUGUGUGUGUCGAAAUUUUACCUAAAGAAAGUUGGACUGCGCCAUCUUCAAUUGUAGUUGAUGAAGAAGAUGCUGACGAAAGUGAAGAAUCUACGACCGAACAGGUUAAAGUUGAAAAAAAGGAGAAAACAGAGAAAUGUGGAAGAGUUGUUGGAAUAAUUAGAAGAAACUGGCGACCGUAUUGUGGUGUAUUAUCUUUGUCAUCCAAUCCGCAGGCGAGAAAGCAUCUUUUUGUUGCUGCUGACAAAAGAAUACCUAGAAUUCGUAUUGAAACGAGACAGGCGGAAAGCUUAAAGGGACAAAAGAUUGUCGUGAAUAUUGACUCGUGGCCGAGAAAUUCGAAAUAUCCCGUUGGUCAUUAUGUAAAGAAACUUGGUGCCAUUGGUGAUAAAGAAACAGAAAAUGAACUGUUACUCUUGGAACAUGAAAUACCUCAUUUACCUUUUUCGACUGUCGUUCUAAAUGACCUUCCUGCUGGAGAUUGGAAAAUCUGUGAUGAGGAGAUAAAAAAGCGCCGAGAUCUUCGAGAUAUCCCAAUUUGUAGUGUUGAUCCACCUGGUUGCACUGAUAUCGACGAUGCUUUGCACUGCAGAUUAUUACCGAAUGGAAAUUAUGAGGUCGGAGUUCACAUUGCGGACGUGACUUUCUUUAUUCAUCCGGGAAGUGCAAUCGAUAAAGAGGCAAUGAAUCGUGGUACUACCGUGUAUUUAACGGACAGACGUAUAGAUAUGGUUCCUGAAUUAUUGAGUUCCAACUUAUGUUCUUUGAAAUCCAAUGUGGACAGAUUAGCGUUCUCUUGCGUAUGGGAAAUGACAUCUGAAGCUCAGAUAGUAAAUACAGAAUUUUUUAAGAGUAUCAUAUGCUCAAAGCAUUCUUUUACCUACGCCGAAGCUCAACUUAGAAUUGACGAUAAAGCACAGAAUGAUAGCGUCACCCAGAGUCUGAGGACUCUCAAUGACAUUGCAAAAAUACUAAAACAAAAAAGAAUUGAUAACGGUGCAUUAACAUUGUCGUCGCCUGAAAUACGUUUCCAAAUAGACAACGAAACCUACGAUCCAAUUGAUGUUGAAACUAAACAACUGAGGGAGACAAAUUCUCUCGUCGAAGAAUUUAUGUUGCUUGCAAAUAUUUCGGUAGCGAAGAAGAUUUUUAAUCACUAUAGCGAAUAUGCCGUGCUCAGGAGGCAUCCUGCACCACCACUUUCAAAUUAUGAUUGCCUUAUUAAAGCUGCUGGAUCAAAGAACUUAAAUAUUCAGGUGGAUAGUGCAAAAUCGUUGGCCGUUUCUUUAGAAAAAGCUACGCUGCCAGACUUUCCAUAUUUUAACACAUUACUUCGUAUACUUACGACGAGAUGUAUGAUGCAAGCUGUUUAUUUUUGCUCUGGAACAUUACCAGAGGAAGAUUAUCUUCAUUAUGGCUUAGCAGCACCUAUCUAUACACAUUUUACGUCACCUAUUCGACGGUAUUCGGACAUUCUCGUUCAUCGUCUUUUGGCCGUCACUAUUGGGGCUAUACCUUCAUUUCCUGAAAUGUUCAAUAAAAAAAAUACGCAGGAAAUGUGUAAUUUGUUGAACAAACGUCAUCACAUGGCCCAGCUUGCGUCUCGCUCUUCUGUGGAUCUUCAUACUCAGCUGUUCUUUAAAGAUCGAGUAAGUAUUGAAGAAGCCUUUGUAUUGUUUGUGCGUAGAAAUGCUCUUCAAGUUUUGAUUCCAAAAUAUGGCGUCGAAGGAAACAUAUUUUUGCGGGAGACGACAUCGCGAAGUAAAUUCAAUGAAGAAGAGAUGUCAAUAACCAUUGGUGAUGUGACGUUUAAAGUUUUUUCUAAGAUUCGUGUGCAGAUAAAAGUCGAUACGUCUGCAUCCAAAAAUAGAUUUGUCAAUAUAAUGCUUAUGGAUCCUUACGUCCCUGGCCUUAGUGUUGAUGAAAUUGAUGAUGCUAGCAGUGUAAACUCUUUACAACCAGAAUUAAAAACUACGAACUGCUUGAUGAAUGAAAAUGAUAAAGGUUGCAUUUGUCACUUUAAUCCGGGGUUGUUGACGGAAAGUACUUCUCCACAGAUACAGUCAAUUAUAGACAUUAGCUAAUGUAUUUUAUCGUUUUGAAAAGAUUGUAGUUUUUCAAUGCAAAUGUAUUUUAAUUGAAAUGAUUUGUAAAACGUUGUAAAUACGCGUAACUAAUCUCUCUCACACUAAAGUAUAUGAAAACUUGUAUAAAUUUACGAAUAUCAUGGACGCACAACAAACGA